AUUGACAAUUACAUUUGUGAAAAAAAUUUCAACCGUAUGUUUGUUGUGUCCGGGAAGCGUGAUGAUCGAACCCAAAGAAAGCCCAGUAAUACUCUCGCCCAAAGAUGAACAGCGAGUCAUGUUCGAAAAAGCCGGACAGAUGCUGCAGAAACUGGCUCUCGAUGCAGCGAAAGAAAAAACGUUGAACAUUGAGGAUUUCGAAUUGGACGAAUUGGUAGUCUCCGAAGUCGAUCAAAAAAAUGAGGAUUCGAGUAAAUGCAGUGACGGAAAUUCGAGUAAAUUCAGCGAUGAAAAUUCAAGUGAAGAAGAAUCCAGCGAAGGGGUAACAUUUGCUAAAGGAACGUCGAAAAGUAUGUUUAAAAGCGAAGAAGAUACUGAAAAUGAUAAUGAAGAGCAACGAGAAUCUGUAAUUGAUUCUAUUAAAGACGAACAAGAAGAAGAAAAAAUUGGAGAAACAGAUUACACAAACGAUGAAAACAUGGAAACAAACGAUAUAGAAAAAGAUACCGAAAAUUCCAAUGAAAAUGACAUUUGUAAAUUAGAUAAGGAAUUUGACAACGAAGUAUCUGAAACUAAAGCAUACGAGGACGAAGCAAUGAAUUUGUUGUUAUCAACGGCGGAAUCACGACAAAACAUAUUGCUGAAGAAAAUAUUAAGUUUGAAAACGACAGCAGAAACUUUAAAGGAGCAACUGAGAAAAGAAAAACAAUUAUUGCAAGAAGAAAUUACCAAAGUAGUAGAUUUGAAAAAUACCGUAGAGAACAUGCCGCUACAGAAGCAGCUCUCACAACCGCAUUUAUUACUGAACGAUGAUAACAUCGACGAAAAUAUGGAAAUGUUUAAGGAUCACAAAAAUUAUACUAAUUAUAUGAUGAAUUACGAGCUGGAAUUAAAGCGCAAAAACUACAAGAGUUGGCUCUCUGAAAUCGCCUGUGAAUGUGACAAGCAAUUAAGCGCUAUUCAAGACAACUUAUCCGUCCUCAAACCACUGAGAGAAACUGCUUCAAAAUGGAGCGACAGCACCGGAGAUAUGCUAGAAGAAGAAGAAGAAGGAAUCACGGUUGCCUGUGAGAAAGGUAUAGAAGAAAUCCACGAAGAUAGUGCGAAGGGAAAGAAAGAAUGCGAAAUUUCAAUUGAGGCGGAAAUUAACGAUGAAUCCCAAGCGGAAUGCAGUGAUGAGAAUAUACACGAACAAAUUGAAUUAAUCAUUAAAAAUGAUGAUGAAAAUGUGUAA